AUGAAUAGAAGGUUCAUCCUCAAGCGCUCGUCGGCGGCUUCCUCGCCGUACGUGACACCUGUUGGAGCUUUGGCGCACGCGCCCCUGGCGAUAGACACUGCUCUGACCGCAGCGCCGCUCUACCUCUGUGUUCGCUCUGUGCGCGUGGCGGCGACGGGCGGGCGUGACGUCACCGCCUGCACAGAACCCGCCAAUCGCACGCGGCCCACGCCUUCUGGUUUGGCAACACCCGAGCCGCUCCGCCUUUUGUCGGACUCUGCGCGCUUCCCGUUGGCUGUGUUCCUGCGUCGAGUGCUGCGUGAGUGUUGUGGUCCAAGUGGUGUGUUGUUGAGGUCCAGCGACACCGUGUUCACCUCGCCUGCUCGUGGCGUCUUCCUCGCGGCUGAUCCAAGGUUCUCCGUCGGGCGCGAGAUGAGGACUGCCGUCCUCCAGGCGGCGUGCGCGCUGCUGUCGCUGGCGCUGCUAGCGUUGGCGGCGCCCCAGGCGUGCGUCAAGAACAACUACCAGUGCUUAACCAACUCUGAAUGCUGUGGAGGUUGCUGCUCGCAAGAAAAAUGUGUGGAGUACUCGGACAGCUGCAUCGUGCGCCAGAACCCGUGCUCGGGCCACUCCUGCCCGGGCAGCAAGGUGUGCUUCCUGAACCCGGUGCAGUGCGCCGCUCCGCCCUGCGCGCCGCUGCCCGCCUGCAAGGACCCCGACUACGACGACUACAGCUGAGCGGGCAACCCCCUCCACCCGCCCGCUCUGACGUCACCGCGUGUUCCUCGCCGGCGACCACGAGCUCUUGCGUCUGUAGCUUCAUGACGAGACAAGCCUAACAUGUACAUCAAGUUCUGUCCCUGCCCGAACACGCCCGAACACGCCCGAAUAUUCACCUUCGGCCAACCUCGGGAUCUGUUUUAUUUUAUUUUAUUUUAUUUUUUUAGCGCAGGAAAAAUGAAUUCAAAUAUUAAAAGUGGUCGGUUAGGUUAGCUACAUUAAAAAAACUUUAAAACACCAUGGACGGUUAGUUAGGUUAGUAUAGCUACAUUAAAAUAAACAGAGAAAUAUAAAUAUAUAUAAAUAAACCCUAGUAUAGCUACUUUAAACUAAACUGAGAAAUAUAAUUUUUUUUUUCCUAACCUAACUAAAACUAAGUGUAUUUUGGAGGGGUCCGGGUUAGGGAGGGACCUAGGUGCGUCUCAGGCCGAAGCCUAUACGCCUAGUCAUGCUGGGAUUAGCCAUGCAAGGAGAGGGUCGCAUGCAUCAUGUGCUAGGAGGGGAUUGGCCAGCCAUGGCAGCGAUUGGCGCCAUGACUAACUCCCCUCACUCUUAAAUCUAGACUAUAACUAGAGAUAGGUUGGGCCCAGGUAAAACCUGCAUAGAAUAUAAAUAUAUAUAUAUAUAUAAACCCGAGGUUGGCCGAAGGUGAAUAUUCGGUCGUGUUCGGGCAGGGACAGAACUUGAUGUACAUCUUAGGCUUCCCUCAUAACGAUAGUCGACCAGUCGCGUCUGUUCAACUAGAUGCGGUACACAUUAUCACGUAACUUCGAUUACAAAUAUAUACUCAGUGAAGAUAAAAGCAUGAUAGUUUCAGUUGUAUAGCCUCUGAUGUACAAGAAUAUCCACUAUAUGAUUUUUGUAGUAUUUUUUUUUUUGUAAAUUAAAUAAUAAAAUCUAAUUUUUCUGUAAGUAAAUAAAAUCCUUAAAUAAAAACGAAAA